GCUACAUCCGGUGUGGUCGUUAUUUCGCCAGGAGUUUGGGGAUCGCAGGCCGGAGAACCGGUUGUGUAGUCAUGUCGGCGUCGGUAGUGUCGGUCGUCUCGCGGUUCUUGGAAGAGUACUUGAGCUCCACUCCCCAGCGUCUGAAGUUGCUUGACGCGUACCUCCUGUACAUACUGCUGACCGGGGCGCUGCAAUUCGGUUAUUGUCUCCUCGUGGGGACCUUCCCCUUCAACUCUUUUCUCUCGGGCUUCAUCUCUUGUGUGGGGAGCUUCAUCCUAGCGGUUUGCCUCAGGAUACAGAUCAACCCACAGAACAAAGCGGAUUUCCAAGGCAUCUCCCCAGAGCGAGCCUUUGCUGAUUUUCUCUUUGCCAGCACCAUCCUGCACCUUGUUGUAAUGAACUUCGUUGGCUGAAUUAUUCCCAUUUAUUUAAUUGGGGAGUAGGAGACUAGAAGAAUCUUGGAUGAUUCCUUCUCCGUGUCAUCCCUGCCCCCAAGUCGUAUAGGAUUCUCUUCUGGGGCCCACUGUGUACACCGCUAAUGCUGCACUUAACCAAGAGUUAUGAAACUGUUCAUUCGCUUUCCUGUCUCUCCCACUGAACUCUUGAAUUUCCUGAAGGCUUAGCACAGGGCUAACAGUCACUGUGCAUGUUUGUUGAAUGAGUGUAUGAAUAAAUAAUUUCAACUCUAAGAAAAUGCUAUAAAAAUAGCUAAAUCAUUAGUUAUAUGGAUGCUAAGACAUGGGAAAUGCUGUGGAAGAAAGAAGCCAAGGAAAAAAUUCGUAUGAAGGGCUGUAGGGUGGGGCGUAAGCAUGAGACUAGAAGUUGGAAGACCUGCAUUGUAGAUUUU